AUGGAGGUGUGGAUGUUUCGAGGGUUUCUGUGCUGGUUGAAUGAGUGCUGGGAGUUGGGCGAGGUUUGGAAGCGGGCUAGUGUGUGUCUGUGCUCUUCUCACGUAUGUGCAGGCAGGACAUUGACAGUCGGUGGUGCUGCGCAACGUGAUUUGGCGAUGCCUUCAAGAGGCAAUGCAUCUGCUGGCGUAUGUGGAAAUACUGGUUUCGACGAAUGCCUUGAGAGGAGUAGAAGGAAUUCGUAA